AAAUGUCAUGUACUCACGAUUCUAAUUAAUGGCCACUUUCAUUCAUACGAAUUAAGGAGGCUCACCUUUCUCUUGGUGAUUAUUGUCACUAUUUCUUUUAGGCGAAUGUCAAUGCGGUAAGAAGGACCAUCAUGUACUCUAUGGUACUUAUUUUAUUAGUAUUUAUAAACAAUAAAUAUUUAGGUUUGAAAAAAGAGAACUCAUAACACUUUGUUUCUUUAACAUUUUAUUUUAGAGUAAUAAAUUUCCUCUCUUGCUACAGUUUCUCUACUGCUCGCCAUGAUGGCAGCAUCAUUUAAAUACAAAAAGGUCAAAAUGCUUACUUUUACCAAUUUUCUUAAGUAUUUCAGCGUUUCAGUAAUUUAAAUUUUUUUUUUACAUUUUGGGUACAAUUUCUGGAGCGAUCAGUAUCUGAGAUCUAAUAGAAAUAUAAAAUGUAAUGUUUAGGGAUGGUUAGGGUGGGUACAUUAGUACAUCCCUAAAUGUAAUGUAAACACAAUGAAAUGUAAAAACAACUGGUGAAAAUUUAAAAAAAUACUUUUUCAACUUUUCAGCUAAAUGAGGUUUCAGAAAUGGCCAUAAAAAUGUCCAAAUGUUAUAAAAAAAAUUAUGGCCAAAUAAAAUUUACAUGACUCGUCGGCUUCAAAUAACGUCAAUUUUGGCUUAUUUUUCUAGAGUAAUUUAGAGUGAAAAUAGGUUGCGAUAAUGAAUGAAAAAAAAACUAUUUAAUUGUUUUGAGCUCAAAGGAGGAUGUCAGAAAUGAUCAUAAAUACACUGAAAAAUGACCACUUGGAAUAACAAAAUGGCGGCCUAAACCAAGUUUCCCUCUAGUACUGUUUAGGACUUUUGGACAAAAAGGCACUUUUUGAACUGUAAAAAAAAACUCUUUUUUCAAAAGGAAAUCGCUUAAAAAUUAUAAAAGGAAGAAAAAUGUCAUUGAGAGGAAAAGCAUAACUGUACAAAAAUUAAAUUCAACCUAAAAAGAGAAAAGGUAAAAAAAAUGUUUGGGUAUGUUUUUGUUCCGAUCGACAAGGCCGUGGUGGGGUGGUAAAUCGAUUGUGGUGAGGUGCCGCCCCCGGGGGCGAGGGAGUUGCCGUGGGGAGGCGGCCGCUGAACGCCAACAUGCUCACCCCCGUCUACGACUUCCUCAGCCUCCUCUACGCCAUCUUCCUCGGCGAAGAUCCCACAGCCGAAGACUACCUCCUCCUCGUCGGUACGAUAGUGGCUUUCGUCGCGUUUAUCCUCUGGUGCUGCUUCCCAGUCGUGCCGAAGGACCCGCAGUCGCCGAAGCAGUAUGACUGGCAGGGUCACUACACACAGUACAAAAAGCACGACUCACCACAUCCAGGAUGAAAGGGAAAAACCGCAUUCUUUUAUCCACCCUCGUCCACAAACUCUUGUGUAUAAGAUGAGGUCUGGAGGUGAAAGAUCUUUAAAAACAGUUUUAUUAUUUUUGAUUUAAACAAUAAAGAUAAAACGAAGGCCUAUGCCAGUUUAUUUUUUCAAGCUCGUCGUGCGAAGAAAGUAUCUGCAUCAAUUUCAAGAUUUUUGCUUUCUUUUCUUUUUUUAUAAUAUAUUUGUAUGAAUGUUUUGUCUAUGUAAAUACAACUUGGUAAAUAUUAGCAUAAUAAAUAAAAUAUAAUUGUU